AUGCGCUCGAGCCUAUCGUGCGAUGCCUGCCGACGGUCCAAAGUCAAGUGUGCUCAUUCCGGCUCGCCGCCCUGCCAGAGAUGCCAAAAAUCCGCCAUUGCCGGCUGUCUGCUCACCAGACCUAAGACAAGCCGUGGCGAUGGCUUCAUCCGCAGCAGAAGGACACUGUCCCGCCGCCCGCCGCAAAAGUCGGCCGAUGGCCCGCGACAGCCUCGAGAUGAAGCCCAGCAGCAGCCCCUGGCCCAAGAGUCGCCGCUCGCCUUUGACAAGGCCCGCGUCGAUGCCCAUUUGGCCAACCUGUCCAGCGGCGUCAUUCUCAAGACCUUGAGCGUCUUCAUCAACAGUUUUCCCGAGCUCGCCAUUCUGCAUCUGUCCACCUUCCUUGAUGAUUUUCGCUCCGCUCAGUCCCCCGAGACCAAGGCAUUGCUCGGCGCCAUCCUAGCCGUCACCAAGGCCCAGCUGACGGCUUCCUGGGCGCACCCUCUCCUGCCUCGAGAGCAUUACGCCUGCUAUGCCAAGGACAUGCUGUCGGCCUUCAUUCUUCAGCCACCAAAGAUCCAGGUCGUUCAGACGCUCCUCGUCAUUACCCUUCACGAGUGGGGAUCUCGCGACUUCCACAAGGCUUGGAUUUACUGCGGAAUUGCCAUCCGCAUCAUGCAAGCCCUUCAUAGUCUGCGCGUGGCCCCUUAUCGCCUCGACUCCACUUCCGACCACCGCCACGACGCCGUCUCGCUCGCCAUCGAGACGAGGACCUACUGGGCUUGCUUUAUCAUGGACUGCAUGGUCAAUUCGGGAACUUACAACCCGCCCAUGCUGCCCAUGUCGGAGAUGCACAAGCUCAAGAUUGCACGCCCGCUCGGCGUCGUCGAUUUUGCCUUUGGGCCCGACGCACUGCCCCAGACCGUGGGCGCGGGCCAUUGCCUCGCCGGCCAGACGUCCGAGGCGUUGGAUUUCACGCAGAGCUUUGAGAUUCUCGUGGGCGGUUUUGACAUCUGGACCCAGGUCAUGACCUUCAUCUUCAACGACGGCCGCCGUGCCCCCGGCAUGUGCGCUCCGCACAACUGCCCCUGGGUUCCCACGUCCCCCUGGUCACUGUCCAUAAGUCAACUGGAGGCGUGGAGAGCUGGGCAGCAUCGCAAGCUGCAUUAUCCGAGCAGCUCGGUUGCCAUACAUAUGACGCUGGGAUACGGCGAGACGUUUGUCUACCUUAACCUGCUAUACUAUGCCAGCACGCUGAUGCUUCACCGUGAAUACUUUCCCUUCCUGCCGGCUCCGAAUUCGGAGCCUGCAGGGCCGACUGACCGCUCGAGGCUCGAGGCUCCCGCCCCUCCAGGCUGGUGGGAAGAAAGCGCGCGGCAGCUGUUUGGCGCAGCAAAACACAUAGCCAGGAUACUUCACGAGGCGUCCGAAUGCGGAGUUCAUCUCAUGACGCCCUAUGCUGGUUUUUGUGCCUUCUCUGCUGCAUACAUCAACCUCUACGUCUUUCGGUAUCCACGUAUGAACUUCAAUCGCAGCCCGGACGCAGAGACGUACUUGACAAUGUGUCUGGACUACCUGCAAGAGUUUCGCCACGUAUGGAGGAUAGCCGAUGGCUGGACCAAAACCAUACGCCAAGCCUCUCUCUUGUACGAGCGCGCCACCAAGGACAAGGCACGAUAUCGGGGCAGGACGCGAGACGACUUCGACACGCUCCAUCGAUCACUCCACGAAUUCCGAGUCGUGGACAGGUCUGACGACCAUCACCGAGAGCUGGACGGAGUAGAGAGUGCGGCCGUCUCUUGUUCUCAGGAAGGGAUGGGAGAGACGACGGGGUCGACCAGCACCCAAGAGUGCCUCGUCGACACAAACAGUCUUCUCAGCCAGCUGUUGGCCGAGGUCAGCAGCAAUCUCGACGAACAGGGCGCUUGGUCUCAGUGGUGGCCACCCGUGGAGCAGAUCGAACCCCCGGCAACGGAAUAA